CAGUUUUGUGAUAAGUGGGCCCUUCUCACAGACCCAGCUGAUAUCAGGACGGGCACCAAGGGGUAUCUGAAAUGUGAUAUCAGUGUGGCUGGGAAAGGAGACAUCCUGCAGGCAAAUCCCAAGACAUCUGAUGCUGAAGAGCAGAUAGAAAAGUGAGAUGAAUCCACCUAGCUUUUUUUUUAAAGAGGGGGCUGCUCUAUCAACUCCAUCAUCUCCCUCUCCUCCCCAAGUCUUCCUCAUCUCUAAUUAAAUGGAAAGUACUGAAGUUGGAGCCAAAGAACCUGAGUCAGAAUUGCCGCGUGGCUACUUUCUAUGUAAUUUUGGGAGUCACUUAAACUCUCUUUACCUCCCUUUCCUCUUCUCUAAAAUGAGGGGGCUUGACACUAUAACCUCCAAGAUCCCUUCUAGUUAUGGUCCUAUGGAUGUUAUGAUAUUUGUUGUUGUGAUGUUCUAGCCAACCUAGAUUCUUUCUCUAAUGAGUUUACUAAGACAUCUGUUGAGGAAGGUUAUGGUUAUGCCCCAUGAGAACAAACAUCCAAGGUUAAAGCUGGUCCUUAAUAUCCUUGCUUCCUUGGAUAAUCUGUCAUCCAAAGACUUGAUUGAACCUUUUAUUGAAGCAAUUUGUAAUUUCAGCCUACCCCAACUUUUUGGGGGUGGGUGGGGAGAAUCAAGAGUCCCUUGAGUUUAUUGCCUGGUAUAUGAAGUGAUACUGUUUCUUUUAACUUAUAAGAUGCUGAGUAGGGGAAGCCCCCUCAUUCCCAAAUUAAAGUUUGUAUUCACCUUUUCCAUACCCUUUGUGACUUUUGAGUUUGUGAAAAUAAUUCCUUUCAUACAUACUUUCUUUAUAGGUUAAAAAAAUUUUUGAUCUUUAGAAGUUAUGGCCCUAUUUACCAACUUCCUUCUUUCUCACGUCUGUGAAUGUUUUCCUAAGAAAUAUCAGUUUUUUCUGUCUCUAAGGAACCUUUUGGUCCCCCAAGGAUUCCCCUCUGAGAGACCUUGGGCCAGAUUCUAUGUGAGACUCUAUCGAGCAGAGGGCUUGCCGAAAAUGAACUCUAGCAUCAUGGCCAACGUCACCAAAGCAUUCGUGGGGGACAGCAAGGACCUGGUGGAUCCCUUUGUGGAGGUCACAUUUGCAGGUCAAGUGGGGAGGACUACAGUGAAGAAAAACUGUGCAGAUCCUGUGUGGCACGAACAGGUCAUUUUCAAAGAAAUGUUCCCUCCUUUGUGUCGAAGAGUUAAAAUCCAAGUGUGGGAUGAAGGUAGCAUGAAUGAUGUAGCCUUGGCAACACACUUCAUUGACUUGAAGAAAAUCUCUAAUGAGCAAGAUGGAGAUAAAGGUUUCCUGCCCACAUUUGGACCUGCUUGGAUCAACCUAUAUGGCUCUCCCAGGAACCAGAGCUUAAUGGAUGAUUACCAGGAACUUAAUGAAGGCUUUGGGGAAGGGGUCUCAUUUAGGGGCCGCAUUCUGCUAGAAAUUGCUGUGGAAAUUCUCUCAGGUGGGGCACAGGAAUCCAAGUUUUCCAAGGUCCUGAAGGACCUCAAGCUCUCUAAAGACAAGGCUUCCAAAGGCUCCGGGAAGGACAAGACAGACAAAACUGAGGAUGGAAAGGCACACCCACCUUCAGACAAGAGCAAUUCAACAGAGGCUGAAGUAGAACCUUUCGAUGUGCCCCCUGAGAUUGUCCCAGAAAAAUAUGAAGAUUUCCUACUCUUUGGAGCUUUUUUUGAAGCUACCAUGAUUGACAGGAAAAUUGGAGACAAACCUAUUAGCUUUGAGGUUUCUGUAGGUAAUUUUGGAAAUGUUAUAGAUGGUGGCUCUCACCAUGGGAGUAAGAAGAAGUCUUCAGAAACCUCAGAAGAGGAGAACGAACCCCUGCUUCAGGAGGGCAAUAUGGACUCUGCCCAUGACAUUACCAUCACUUCCAAGUCCACCACACCCCCUGAGAAGCCCUUGGUGACAGAAGGGAACAGUCUCUACAUGGAUAUUUAA